AUGGCAUCUCCAGACCAAGGUAUUGCUGACCGACAGUCGGAGAGCACUCUGGCUGAUCCUGCCACCGCCAACAUGGAUUCACGCAAAGACUCUGCCACUAUUGUCGUCGCCCCGGCCUCAGCUCCGCAGGCCAAGGCAUCCAAGAGUACGAAGGUGGCCAAGAAAGACAAGAAGAAGGCAAAGAAGUCAAAGUCGAAGAAGCAAUUCAGAAAGGCAAAGAAGCACAAGAAGGCUACAACCCAAGACACUGACGACUUAUUCGAAGACACAACUGAUGACAGCGACUCCGAGACCGACGAGACUUCCUCUGAAUCGAAAUCCAGCUCUUCUGAGUCGUCCGAUGAUGAACAGGAGAAGAUCAAGUCGAAGAAGAAAUCCAGGAUUACCAAAGGCAAGAAUAGUCGAUCUACGAAGAAGCACAAGUCACUCAGAAAGCGCACCCCAUCUUCGUCUUCAUCCUCUUCCGACACCGAUUCAUCCGAAGACUCGGACGAUACCGCUGGCGGCAAAGGCACCGGAAUGACCAGGGUCUCGAUGACGCCUCACCAACUGGCCCUUUUCAGACAGAUGCAGCGCGGGCCCCCUACGUACCCAAAGAGCGGCGGCCUCGAUGGCGCGGGACUUGGCUACGGCUCCCUGCACGGCAACAAGGCUCCAACGCGUGGGAAAUCUCACCCGCCACUUCCAAAGGGAAGGCCAUCCCCCAAGCUCGACUUCAAGCGAGUCAAUCAGGUCUGGGACAACACCAUUCACAACUACCGACUCCAGGAGACGACAGCAACCACCUCAGACUCGCAGUACGACGGCUACGUGCUCCAGGUCAGGCGUACUUUUGACUGGGAGGGUAAGUAUCUCAGCACCUAUCUCGACAUCAAGAGCAAGAUCUUGCGCGAGUGCCUUCAGGAGGUGAUUGGCAACAUCAAGGGAAUCAGCUUGGUCGACGAGACGCCAAAGCUCAACCCCAACAUGGUAUUCCUGUAUUUGGAAGACUUGCGCAAAUACCGCAAGGCUUUGAGUAAGAUUUCAACGUCAGAUAUUGAAAAGAAGCGGCGCAAAACGUUCAAGAAGGACAUCGAGAACAAGCGCCAGCAUCUCAAAGUCCUUCUCAAGUACCUCGACAAGGACUACGCUCAGGUGAAGAAGAGUCUCUAUCCGAUGUUGGAGAAUGGGCUCAUCACUUUCGACCUUUUGUGGGCUCUGUUCAAGCCCAACACGCUCAUCUACACCACCACCUACGGAUCGCCCGAUGAGCCGCGAGUGUUCAAGGUGGAGCAGGCGGAGAAGAUGAACAGCAUAACAAAGGGGGACUUUUAUCUGCUGGAUGGCAAGUACCUCGAGUACGAUGGAAAGCAAUUCGGCUACGGCACUCUGUGCGAAGAAAUCCCCGAGUUCCGAGGCGCUAGGAAGAUUAGCAGCCUCAACACCUUCCCCCUCGACUUCCACAAGGACAAGGAAGCUAUCAGAACCACCCUGAUCGAACGCGGCAAGAAGUUUGUAAAGCUCGGUGGCGUGAACUACCGCAGUCAUCAGGGCUUGGCGUACUACAAAAAGAAGAAGAGCAUCAUCAAGGUCAACAUCAACGGACGCAUCAUGGUCGAUCCCUCGGUUCACCGCAGGAUCAACCCAAACUACCAGGUCUCGGUCGUUCGCCCCAAGGACCAUGACAUCUUGUCCGACUCGGAGGAUUCCGACUCGGAGGAGUCCUGCGGCCAAGGUGAUUCAGACUCGGAAAACGCAUGCGAUAGCGACGACGAUGCGGGUUGCGAGACAAUGGUCACAAAGGUCGGGCGCGAUGGCAAGGGAAAGGUUCUCAUGUUUCAAAUUCCAAAAGAUAUGGUCGAGGAGGCUGCUUCGCUGGACCAGCAGCUUGAGCGGAUUGACAAAGGCGUGGCCAAAGCCGUGGCCAAAGAGGCCUCUAACGACUCGCUGGGUAGUAACAAGGCGAAGGGGGCUCCGGAACUCUCUGACGAGGAUUAUCUGAUUGCAUCUUCCGUCGUGCUGGGAUUCUCCUUUUCUGAGAAGCUUUGGCUCGAGUUCACUGUCUCUGGAGUCGGCGACAUCCAGUGGAAUGACGGCGCGUACGAGUCUCUGGUCCUGGAGCCCAAGCAAAAGGACAUUGUCAAGGCCCUCGUUGAGUCGCACAAGUACCACGCUACCGAGAGCAUCGACGACGUCAUUCAAGGCAAAGGCAAGGGCCUCGUCGCCGUUCUUCAUGGCCCCCCUGGAACUGGCAAGACACUCACAGCCGAAGGCAUCAGCGAGCUACUCAAAUGCCCCCUGUAUAUGGUGUCGGCUGGAGAGCUGGGCACCGACUCUCGAUACCUCGAGACAGAGUUGCAGAAGAUUCUGGACAUCUGCCACGCCUGGGGCGCCAUCCUCCUCCUCGACGAGGCGGACGUCUUCCUCGAGAAGAGAAAUCUCCACGAGAUCUCCCGGAAUGCAUUAACCUUUGACGACGCGUUCCAGUCGCGAAUCCACAUCGCCCUUCGAUACGAUAGCCUGGCCCAGAAGGCCAAGGAGUCCAUCUUCAAGAUCUUUGUGGAGCGAGUUCGCGUCCUCGAAAAGGUAGACCUGAAGCCCUUUACGAAAGACGACUACAAAAGUCUCGCCAAGCACGACCUCAACGGCCGCCAGAUCAAGAACACUGUCCGGACCGCCCAAGCCUUGGCCGUAAACAAGGGCGAGUCUCUCGGCAUGGAGCAUAUCCUCCAAGUCUUGGACGUUCAGAACAGCUUCGAUCUGCAUCUCAAGGGCGGAGAGUCGUACAAGGAUGCCAUGCGAAGCUACUACUGA